ACUAAGCGUCCCACUUUACCAAGUAACUAAAGUACACCUAACAUGAGCAACGAUGGUGAAAUACUGGAGGCCUUCGAGCUGGCAGUCAAAUUAGUAAAGCAGUGCAACGAAAUUGUACUGGAAGGCUAUCGGACCGCCUCCAAGCGCGUCGACGUAAAAGGCAAACAUUGGGAUUUGGUGACCGAAUACGACCAACGGGUGGAAGACGUUCUGCUAGCCGGCAUAAGGGCCCGGUUUCCGCAUCAUAAGUUUUGUGCGGAGGAAUCCUCGGCAGCAUCCGGAGAAAAGUUGACACUCGGUUCGGAACCUACUUGGAUCAUCGAUCCUAUCGACGGUACGGUUAACUUCGUUCGGGGGAUACAAUUUACUUGCAUCUCGAUUGCGUUGGCUGUGGACGGUCAGCUUGUAAUCGGUAUCAUCUCCAAUCCUUCGAAUAAUGAGCUUUACACUGCCAUUAAAGGCCAGGGAGCAUUCCUUAAUGGAGCACCAAUAAAGGCCCGUACAACCGAACUGCUGAAAGACGCCCUGGUAGGUCAUGAAUUUUCCAUUGGCAGCUACCAACCUAUACGGGCGGCUUUGUUCGAGCGCGGAAAACGAUUCAUUGAAAAAUGCCUGGGACUAAGAGCAUUUGGUUCGGCUGCUCUUUCAUUGGCAUAUAUUGCAAGCGGCCAAAUCGAUGCGUAUAGUAUUCAGUUCCUGAAACCCUGGGACAUCGCAGCGGGUGCGUUGUUGAUAACGGAAGCGGGAGGAACGGUAACCAGCAUUACCGGUGGGGCGUACGAUAUUAUGAAGCCGGAUAUUAUUGCUGCGUGCAGCGACGCACUGGCUACUACAUUGUUAAAGAUUAUAAGAGAGGUUGAUCUUGAUUUGGCUGAACAAAAGCAAACCUAGUGCCUUCGAACUUCAACUGACAUAACCAUCAUUCCGGCCUACACCGGCCAUAGUAUGCGUAAAAUAAACGAUAACCAGUUUUCAAAUACGUUUCCCUCUCAGUUAUUAAUUCUUUUGAAUUCGAACUGUUAACAAAAUAAAACCUACCGCA